CUUAGAGGAUGCUAAAUCACCGUUCCUGCCUAUAUAUUCUUCUCCUUUCUUAUACCAUUUCUCUACCUAAUGUAAAGCUAGUUUCCAAGCAGUCGACUUUAACCAGGGGAAACCCGUUGGGCACGCCUUUUUAUAACGAGUAGGAACCAUUAUUAUUAACUCCCGGCAGUGCUUCAGUAAAAACCCAAGUCGGACCAUUCUUUGGUUUAGUAACAAUAGCUUUCAGCUAAGGUACCUACUACGCUAUGUAAUAAUGUCUUCUAUCGAACUUGUCGAUAUGGAUACAACCGAAGAACAUCGACCAGAGAGACAAGUUACACAAGGACCCCUCGAAAAUUCAGUUGAGUUGAGGGAAAUAGAAGUUUUUACAAUAAACGGAGGAUCAAAACGGCGGCACUGGUUUUCUACGUUAAACCUCGGAGUCUCUGGAUACAUUUCUCUCAUAUCUCUUACAGUAUCGGUUAUUGUUGGUAUCGGUGCAGGACAAGCAACAAAUAGGAGUAACAGUAUCGGACUGGCGAGCUACGAGGUAUCAGCAUGGGCACUAUGUAGUGAUCAUGAGGCGAUUAAGGAUACUCCCCAGUGUAGACAAAUCCUCGAAAGCGGCGUCGACAAUAUUGCCCUUGACAAGAGGCAAAUUGGGAGUACAUCAUUACACGAGAGGUCUCAUGCUAGUGGUGAAACGGAACCUGUUGAGACUUCAAUAUCAUUCUCCUAUGACCAACACAAUCCAAUAACACUCACAACCUACUGUGACGAGAGAGAAACUUUGUUCCUGAGAACUAUCACCGCUCUUUGUCUCAUCCUACUCGUCGUUACAUACACUCUCCCAUACGCAACCGCUUACACGGCCGCAUUUGACGAAAUAACUACGUUUCUGGACUCUGUCGACUUCUUGAUCGUCGAGGAUAAGGUAUAUGAUAGUAUUUUUGCCAGGGUGCCAAGGCGGGAAGACAAGGUGCGAUUAAGCCGAAUAAUUACAUCGCGAGAUCCAGAAAAGCCGCGAUGAUCUAGGAGAGUACCUGGACCGUCUUUUUUACGUCAAAGGCAGCCAGGUAUUACGAAUUCCACCGCGAUUAUUUUGGGCUGGCUACAGGAAACAAUUAGAGAAAAGAGCGCGACGGCUCGAUAGGCUACGGACGCGUUUCUUAGUCGUAUAUAUGGACGUCUUUGCGACGACGGCGGAAGGCAGUACAUAUCUUCAACACCAAAUACCUAAUUUAGGUAUAUUCCGACCAGGCCAACCGAAAGCAUCAAGCAAAGACAAGGCGUCCCAUUAAGCUACAUUAAAAAUGAUAGAAAACCAUAAUAGCCGUCUCAAAUACCUCUAAGUGGCUAAUACUAACAAUAACGGACAAGAAGGGGAAGGGCUAACAUUGGAUUUGAUCUGAACUAGGCAGUUUUCACUUUAGGACGACUUUCCCAACUCGGACAACUUUCUCUUCGGGUUGUGGGGUUAGAGAAGUUUAAUUUUGGUACUAUAUUUAGCCCUCAUAUACGUAAGACUAUUAAGUAUCGCGGCUAGGGAAUAUAAUUG